GGCGCUUUUGUAGCUUUGCCUUCUAGGACUUCACCCAUGCCAGGUAUGACCUGAGCGCUCUCCAGAAGCUCAUCAACUGGAGCAAUGGCUUAUUUCGUCCGCGAUCAGCCCUCGCAUCACUCUUCUCCUCUCCAUCCGCCAGCAUACAUUCCCUCCUCGUCGUCGUCUUCGUCCUCUUUUGUCCUCGUCGACGUGCCACUGCGCUAUCCCCUCUUUGGCUGCUUGCCUUGGCCCGCAACCCUACAAGAUCAGAUAUCUAUCAGCAUCGCACUCAUAGCUGUAAGCACGCUCGUCAUGGUCGCUGUAACCGGCCUCCGAUCAGGUGCAUACGAUCUUCUUUGGAGGUUCGGAAGACAGGAAGGGGAGAGCAAUGAAGCCGGUUCAUCGAAUGGGUCCUGUCGACGUCGAAGAGCAGCACAUACACACGAGCCCGACACAACGUCAGGUGGUGAUUGGUAUCCUGGCCUAGUCAACACGGGCAACACCUGCUUCUUCAAUAGCGUCUUGCAGUCACUCGCAUCGCUGCCGUCGUUUGGAGACCACUUGCGCGCUCUGCAUUGCAAAGCCGAGCAAGCGGAUGUCCCCACGCCCGUCUUGGACGCUCUGCUCGAUCUGAUCAUCUUGCUCAACACACCAAGUUUCAAGCGGCGGCGAGCUGUACGGCCAUACGAGCUCACGCAAGCUCUGUCAAAGCGAAAUCCUCAAGGAGGCAGAGGCGCCCUCCGUAGCCUGGUGACCGCACACCAGCAGCAGGAUGCCCACGAGCUGCUUGUCUUGCUACUCGACGCUCUGUCACAGGAGCGAGACGAGGUCCUCAAGUCGCUCAGUGGGCCGUCUUCUCGCCCUGAGCAGGGAGGCCUGGCAGGCCUGUUAGGACCGACGCUCGAUGUAGUCCGCACGCCCGCUGCCGCUCUGCCGAACCCAUUCGACGCUCUCGUUGCGCAGCGCACAGCUUGCCUCACCUGCGGCUACUACGACGUCAUUCGCAACUAUGCCCAAGAGGAGCUCACACUCAAUGUCCCCUACUCACGGACAUGGGGCGGCGUGCGAUUGGAGGAUUGCCUGGCCGAAUGGGCGCAGCUCGAGGGCGUCGAGUGGAGAUGCUGGGCAUGUACGCUGCGCGGCAAUGCUGCCAAAGUGGGAGCAGAUUUCCAGCGUCUAUCGGUGGAUGCAACGAGCUCAUCGGCCAAGAAGAGGCUCAAAGAGCUGCGAAAGACGCAAAGUGCGCUUCAGGAUGCAAUGAAAGAAGGCGCCAGCGAGGAGGAUUUUCGCACUCAGCACCCCAAUAUCAAGCUCGCUGCGGCACUCGGGACAGGUAGAGGGCCAACAGCCACUAAGCAGAUCGUCUUCUCCCGCCCGCCAGACGUGCUCGCAUUGCAUCUCAGCCGAUCACUUUUCGCCGGCUUCGGAGCAAGUAAGAACGACACGCGGGUGGCCUUUGGGGAGUGGCUAGACUUGAGCGCCGUUUGCCUCGGCGACGGAGGCGUCGAGAGCCAGCCGGCACGCGGUAUGAAUCAGCUGAGUGGCAGCGACGACGAGGAGGACGAAGGGUGGACCAAGAUCGCGGGGCCCCAUGCCGCCACAAACGGCAAUGGCAACGGGUACAGCAAUGGCAACGGCGGGCCGCACCCGCCGCCGCCGCCGCCAUCCUCACCGCCGGUAUACCGUCUCUGCUCGGUCGUGUGCCACUAUGGCGGGCACUCAUUCGGACACUAUGUUGCCUAUCGCCGGGCUCCCACCGCGACGCGCACUCCCGCGACUCUUGAUACCUAUCUUGAUGGGAGUGUCAGCGAUGCUUGGCUUCGCAUUAGCGACGAGUCGGUGCAACAGGUGACAAUAAAGGAUGUCCUCGCCGAGGGAAAGGGGGCGGUAGUGGUAUUCUAUGAGCGGGUGGGGAGUGCAACGCACCAAGAGGCCAGAGAUAGGAGCUACCUACCCGGAGGGCCGGCGGGCAAGGUGUUUGCCAAUUUGGUCGAAGGCGAGGUGGUGCGUUCAGGCAGGAGACCGCGACAGGUCGAGCGAUGGCAGAUCCGAUCUUCAACAUCGUCAAGAGCGGCGACGCCAAGCGCGACGCUGCCCUGACGUCUCUGUUGCGGCGACACAAUGAAAACCUCUUUAUCCUAUCGUGAUGUACGACGGCUGUAGAACACGAUUCACGGCCCGGCAA